UCCGAAGUCCAAACUCUCCACAACCAUGUCCGUCGCCGCAGCCGACUGGCUCCCGUCCGCGGCCGUCACGGCGUCCGGCCGGCCGGUGCUGUCCGCCGGCGAGAUCGAGCGGCACCUGCUUCCGCUCAUCGACCUCGAGCCCGAGGAGAACCCCCGCCUCUCGCCCCUCCGCGGCUGCCUCCUCGCGCUCACCUCCCACCGGCUCAUCUUCCUCCACGAGGCCUCCCUCUCUGCGCGCGCCCUCCCGCUCGCGUCCAUCGUCCACCCGUACCCUCCCCACCGCAGGCACAACCAUAACCCACUCCGCUCCCUCUUCUCCUCCUCCUCCUCCUCGUCGCAUCACCCGCGCAUCCGCAUCCAGAUCUCCCUGCCCCCGUCGCGAUCAGAGGUCGUCGCCGUCGUCGUCACCUGCAAGGCCGACGUGGAUGUGUUCUACGGGAGGCUUCUCGAGGCCAUCCGCGCGAGGGCCUGGGAGGCGGCCGCCGCGGCUGCUCCGGCCGGCGGCGCCUCGGUGGCCGAGGGAGCCCCAGCUGAGGAGGACCUUGCGAUCAGGAUGCCCGUGGUUGGAGUGGCGGGGAUACUGCGGAAGGAGCAGGAGACGUGGGAGAGCGCGGGGCAGAACUUGCAGGAUGCCUUCCAGGAUCUCAACGCCCUCAUGAGCAAAGCCAAGGAAAUGAUGGAAUUGGCAGAGAAAAUGAGGCAAAAGCUAUUGACGAACUCAUCUUCUCAAUCGAAUUCCAAUGACGAAGAGAUGGGUUCUAAGCAAGACAUGCAGGAUUUGCUAUUGAGCGUAGGCAUCGUGUCUCCGGUGACAAAGGAAACUGCUGGUGCUUUGUACCAUCAGCAGCUUUCCCGACAGCUGGCUGACUUUGUGAGAAUACCAGUUGAGAGAGCAGGUGGUAUGAUGGCACUAGUCGAUGUCUACUGUCUCUUCAACCGCGCUAGGGGAACAGAGUUGAUCUCACCAGAGGAUCUUUUGCAAGCUUGCUCCCUUUGGGAGAAAUUUGAUGUCCCAGUAAUGCUCCGGAAAUUUGAUAGUGGAGUGAAGGUGAUCCAGACCAAGACGCAUAGUGAUGAUGAGGUAUUUGCAAGAAUCUCAUCACUCGCGCAAAAGCCGGAUGCUCUUCUGAAAGGAAUAAGCCCCAGCGACGCUGCAUUUACACUGGGGAUUGCACCAGCUUUAGCCAAGGAGCAUCUUCUAAAUGCAGAAAACAAAGGUCUCGUCUGCAGGGAUGUCAGCCCAGAUGGAUUCCGCUUCUACAUCAAUUUGUUUAACGAGAUUGAUCCCCAGAAUAUUUAUUCGCCAAAAACCCAUGGACUAUACCACACUUGGAUCUCUGUGGCAAUGGCAGCACAUUGACACAAUUUUGAUUCAUGAAAAAGUGGAGUUCAGCUGACUGAACUUUGAUGUGACUUUUUGCCUGAAUGUUCCGCUGUGUUGUAUCUUAUUUACAAAUUACAAUAACGUUUUCAUCAUUUGGUUGAUCAAUGACUUCUGGUGUGCCGUAUAUGUAAGUUGAGUCGAGGAUUUUGGAUAGUUUUUUACUGAGCCACAAAAGAGUUUCAACAAAGGCGUGUAAUGGGGCAACAUUUUUCUUUGCCAGUCAUUAUGUACUGCAAGUCCAGAGUUAAUAAACCCUGAUACAAAGCUACUGCAGAAGCCGAUUCUCUA